AUGGCGCCAGCGUCAUCCAAGGAAGCCGUCCUGAAUCUGGGUGCCAUGGCGGCCACAGUAGUCGCCUUGAAUUCCCUCUUCACCCGGAUGGCAGGCGGUGACUCCUACCUCUACGAUUUCUUUUGGCUCUUUGCGUGGCGCUACCUGCGCUUCUUCGUCAACUUCAUCGCCUUUUGGUGCUACUCCCCUUCACCAAAGCCCAAAGGUGAGCCCACCUACCUGCCGUCCCGGGACGUUACAGUGGUGAUCCCAACCGUCGACCCCAUGGGGGCGGCCUUCCUUGACUGCCUCACGUCUUGCGCGGCCAACCAGCCCGCCAAGAUUGUCAUCAUCACGGCCGGCGAGGAUCUCUACGCCAAGACCCUUGCCCAAGUGCGCAGGGUCAGGGACCAGUUCAAGGCCACGCAGUUUGGUGUUGACCGCACACAGGCUGCUAGCAAGCGUGCCCAAGUGGCUCAUGCUGUUCCCCACGUCGAGACCGACAUCACGGUGCUGCUCGAUGACCACGUCUUCUGGAAGCCGCAAUUCCUGGCUUCGGUUCUCUGCCCCUUUGAAAAACCCAACGUCGGCUUGGUCGGCACCAACAAAGUGGUGCGAAGGCUCGAGGGCCUGACUGUCUGGAGACGCAUCUGGAACAUGAUCGGCGCUACCUAUCUCUGCCGCCACAACUUCGAGAUUCGGGCAACAAACACCGUCGACGGCGGGGUCUUUGUCAUCUCUGGCCGGACCUGCGCCAUUCGCACCUGCAUCUUGAAGCACCCGGAAUUCCUCCGGGGAUACAACAACGAGAUGUUCUUCUUUGGCCUCCUCGGCCCCAUCAAGCCCGACGACGACAACUACAUCACCCGCUUUGUCGUCCGCCACGGCUGGGACAUCAAGAUCCAAUACACGGAUGAUUCCCUGAUGGAGACGGUCAUUGGCGUUGAAGACCCCUUGGUCAAGAAAUACCUUGGCCAAUGCAAGCGGUGGGCGAGAACAACCUGGCGAUCCAAUCCCUGCAGUCUUUUUACUGACCGCACCGUCUGGUCUAGACAGCCCUACUGCGUCUACGCAGUCUAUCUCACGUCGCUGACCAACUUCGCAGCCAUCAUCGACCCGCUGCUCAUCUACCUCUUCACGCACUCGUCGGCGUACGUCUCAGCCAAGUCCCUGGCUUGUCUGGUAGGCUGGAUUCUGCUAACCAAAGUCCCAAAGAUCUUUGCCUAUUUCCGCCAGCACCCGCAAGACAUCUGGCUGUUCCCGGUCUACGUCUUGUUUGCCUACUUCCACAGCUUCAUCAAGCUCUGGGCUCUGCUGACUUUCUAUGACUGCGGUUGGAGCGGGCGGCAGCUGAAUGACAUGAAGGUCAACCCUUGA